UUGCUGGUACAGUCGUAGAGUGAAUAUGUAUCGUGAUCGAGGGACGAAAUUGAGAAUACGACCGAAAUUGUACUCUCCUACAGUUAGUGGCAAGACUGUGGUGUUAGGAUGUGACAUGUGCGAAUCAGGAUACGAGACAGAAAGAACAUUAACAGUGUGUAGGUGUGGAUACUCUUGGAAGAAGCGAAUAUACGUGAGUGAGGGCGGACGAGAGGACGAGGACAGUGAGGGUGUGGGCGAGGCGCCGCCCGGCUGCCACCCCGCCACUGACCCGCCGCCCCCGCCGCCCUUCAGCCCGCCACCCCCUCGCCCGCAAGCCAUGGAGGGCCGCCCUGCCGCCGCCACCAAACUGGGCCGCAUGUCACCCUCCGUUUAUGUGGGCGGCGGCACCUUGGGGCGUGUCAGUCCCGGUCACGACCUGGGCUACCACACCCUCGUCACCAGACAGACCCCCACGCCCACCAGGGACCGCACCACACCUACCAGAGACCGAACCACGCCCACUAGAGACCGGACCACGCCCACCAGAGAUCGUACCACGCCCUCGCCCUGGUCUGACGUGCGAGCCUCGCCUUUCCCCGCACUCGACCUGUCUGCAUUGUCGUCGUGUCCGCGGUCCUCCCCGAGACCGCAGCUGCCGCAGGUGCCCCCACAGCAACAGCAGACGACGCCGCAGCCGCAGCAGCAGUUGGAAAGCACAGACCAGCUGCUGGCCACGUACAAAGGUAAACGGGUGGCGCGGUCGUCGCCGUUCGACAAACUAAGCGACGAACUGGUGGUGCGGAUCUUGUCCUUCCUGCCGACCAACUCGGUGUGUCAGUGUGCUCGGGUGUGUCGACGUUGGUACGUGUUGGCGUGGGACCCGCGGCUCUGGUCCACUAUCACCCUGGCCAGUGAGGCCAUACACGCCGACAGAGCCAUCAAGCAGAUCACCAGACUCCUGGCCAGGGACUCCGGCGGCUGUGUACACGUCGAGAAGGUGAUUCUCAACAGCUGCUCUCGACUGUCUGAUCGAGGAUUGUCGUUGAUUGGUCGACGGUGUCCUGAACUGCGACACCUGGAGAUCAAGGGUUGCGUCAAUGUCACCAACGUCGGUAUUUUUGAGCUGGUCACGCAGUGUGUUAACCUUGAGCACCUCGACGUCACAGGUAGAGCGGUUAGUACCCUCAGCCAGUCAUGGUACCCAGAGUACUUGUCUGAUGCAGUACAUGUUUUCCAUCCAGGGUGUCACCAGAUCACGUGCAUCCACCUGACACAACAGGGAACGGUGGAGCCUGAGCCGAUGCACUCCCGUCAGCUUUACCUUCAAUACCUCGACAUGACAGACUGCUACGCCCUUGAGGACCAGGGACUCAAGGUCAUUGUCAAGAACUGUCCACAGCUCCUUCACCUCUACCUCAGGAGAUGUAUUAAUAUAACAGAUACGGGAGUGAAGCACAUGGCCAGCUACUGCCUCAUGCUGCGGGAAGUGAGCGUGUCUGACUGUGUCCAGAUCACCGACUUCGGCAUGUACGAACUAGCCAAGUUAGGGCCCAACCUCCGCUACCUGAGUGUGGCCAAGUGUGACCAGAUCAGUGAUGCUGGCAUCAAGCAGAUAGCUCGCCAUUGCUACAAGCUUCGCUACCUUAAUGUGCGAGGCUGUGAAGCGGUCAGCGACGAUUCCAUGGAGAUGGUGGCUCGGUCAUGCCCGAGACUACGUGCUCUUGAUAUCGGCAAAUGUGACGUCACUGAUAAUGGCAUGAAACUCAUUUCAGAGCACUGCCCAAACUUGAAGAAGCUAUCGGUGAAGUCUUGUGACAUGAUCACUGACCGUGGUGUUCAGUACAUUGCGUACUACUGCCGUGGCCUUCAGCAGCUCAAUAUCCAGGACUGCCAAGUGACCAUUGAGGGUUAUAGGACAGUUAAAAAGUACUGCCGGCGCUGUAUCAUAGAGCACACUAACCCGGGUUUCUUUUAGUGAAGCUAAAAUGUGUCUGCGCCUCGCCCAGUGUUGUGCCAGUGACUAUAGCAAAAAAUUGUACCAGUGCCAAAUAAUGUGAGCCCCUGUAAUUUUGGUGCCACCAGGGACAAGACCCGGGUGCUGCUGUGAACAGCCCAGUGCCAAUUCUAAUGCAGCCCUAGGCAAGACGUGUGCCUACUCACCUGUGCCAAGUUUGCAGUGCCAAAACGGUGAGCUGAUUCCCAUGUGCAGCAUGCAUCAAAUAACUUACUCCUCCGUUUACCAAAGUAAUGCUACCGUCGCCCUGCAUACAGUGCCAGAUGCUGCUUUGUAGCAUGCACAGUUGUAAUGCAUCUGCAGUGUGUGCACACUCAUCUCCGUGCACCAGUGUAGUGUGUACCUGUGUAGUACACGCUUUCACCACAUGCACCUUCACGAUGAGCAUAUUUGCUGUGUGUACCUUUGUCAUGUGCAUCCCCAUAACUUGCAUCUUUGUCGCGUUCAUCAUCAUUAAGUACCAUUGAUGUUCACUUAUUGUGUACACUUUCAGUAGCAACUUCUCAUGUUGUGCACCUGUAUAGUGUACACCCUCACCAUAUGUAAUUUCAUCACAUCAUUUUCCUUUUCCGUAGUGCCAGUCCUUGUUACAGCAAAUAGCAUCGUCUGUCUGGACCUUAUCUGUUCACUACCGAUUAUAGAGAAACAUUAUGCAACAACAUAUACAAAGUGAUAUUUAGGAAUAACUUUGGCAUUGAAAAAAGUUCCAAUGUUUAAAGUUCACCAGUGAUAAAAUGAGGAAAUAUUUGCUUCAUGAAAUCUGUGAUGCAACAGUUGUUGUUCUGUACCUGUGAGUCUGCAAAGAGAACCAACAGCCUACAAGUGUAUUUCCAGGAGAUAAACAAUAUUGUUUGGGCAAUAGUUGGAUCCUGGCAUCAAAAGCCACAUUUUCAGUAACUAUGUAGACAGGAUGUAUAAUGCCACUAAGUAUGCCAGGCAGUGUAACAUUGUAUGCCAGUAAUGUGGAUUCAUCCUUUUCUUAUGCUGUAUCCCUGUACAUAAACGGGGUCCUGUAUACUGUACACUAACCUUCUACAUUUGCUGCAUGAUAGACAAAACAUGCUUUAAAAACUAUUUCUAGGGGUGCCUUAUCAUGCUCAAAUUCAGGGUAAAUAUUUGAGUGAUCAAUCCUGGUAUUUUUUGCUCCAAGAAUCUUCAAAAUAAACUGAGAAUGACAUAUACACACUCACAUGAAUAUUUAGGCAGCCAACAGAGUUUACUUGCGAUUGGCAAUGUCAACAAAUUUUAGUUUCGUAAGAGAAGUUAAAAAAUGUGGUUUGUAAUAUAUUGUCCAGUAUAUGACAAUUGUGCCUUUACAAAAUGGCAAUCAGAGUUUCAUUUUAUAUAUAUAUACAGUAUGUACAUGUGGUCAUUAUUUUUUUAUGGAAAAUCAUUUAUCCCUAUCAUAUAAUUGUUUGAAAUUUUUAUAUAUCCCAAAUUUACUUCUAAGCUCCCAGAGUUAAGUGAUAUAAAAUUGCAACAGUGCCUCAAAAAUCGUAAAGAAUGUUUGUUAUACUUGCAUACAAUAUGUGCCUUUUUGUUUCUAAUUGCCAGAUAAAUUUGAAAGUGUUCUCAACUGCACCUUUUGAACAGUACCAUCAUUACCAGGACUACCAGUAUACUAUGUAGGACACCAUCAUUACCAGGACUACCAGUAUACUAUGUAGGACACCAUCAUUACCAGGACUACCAGUAUACUAUGUAAGACACCAUCAUUACCAGGACUACCAGUAUACUAUGUAAGACACCAUCAUUACCAGGACUACCACACUAUCACACCUCAACUCCCAAAUGCAUCAUACUUUCCCUCUCCUAGACUAUAGCCACCAUGUUCCUAAGAGCACACACAACACAACACAACACACACACACACACACACACACACACACACACACACAACACAACACAACACAACACAACACAACACACACACACUUUGCUACAAUGUUACCAGUGACUACUAUACCAUUCUGUUAAUGAUCAUGACACUCACCAACGUGUUUGCGAUAGCCUACUCCCCCCACCCCACCCCCACACAUUACAAUUGAACCUACUAUUGAUUGUCCUCUCUGCCAUGCUUGACUGUUGCUGUAAUCCGGUGUUCCUAACAACUGUUACCACAACCUUGCUACCAUUCUCCUGACAGCUACUACCAUCAUUGGCUACCAUAUAUACUCCACCACCUGGUCUCUAAGAACCACCGCUGAGGGUCAGGGUCACCACUGUGGUUGACCUUCACCAUAAUAUCAAAUGUCCUACCAUUCCUGACCCAUGACUUGUUCCUGACUGGCAUCAACUACCAUGUCUGGCAACCAUGCUCCUGCAACCACUACUACCAUUCAUCUGAUGACUACCAGAAUAUUUUUCCUUAUUAUCCUCCCAAACGACGACCAUUGUUGUUACCAUUGUCCUCUCAUAAAGGGGCCCAUGAACAUUUAACCAUCUACCACAACACACUACCAUCAUGGCUGUCUACCACCAUACCUGCCCCCCUAUGUUUACCGUUGCUCUCAUUGGUUACACCUGUUUUCUUGAUGACCAGUUACCAAGUGUAGAUUCUUCUGGGCCCUUAAGAUCUACUAGAUGUUGGUCCUAACAUCUGACAGUCAUUGGUCGUAGCAAUUGGCAGUCAUUAUUCUUAGCAUCUGACAGUCAUUGGUCCUAGCAUCUGAGUCAUCGGUCCUAGCAUCUGGUAGUUAUUGUUCCUAGCAGCUGACAGUCAUUGGUCCUAGCAUCUGACAGGUGUUGGCCUUAGUAUGUGGCACGUGUGGGUACAGUAGGAGACACAGUUAGCCAGACCAUAGUUCCAUCAAGUCUCUUCCAGCAGAUGCAUGACUCUAUACCACACACCAAGCCUUUCGUGAAGGUCUGGUACCAAGGAUGCCUGUCCCUCAGAUUACUUAUGCAUGGUUCGUAAAUAUAGUACUGUUAAACUUCUCGAAUGUCUUUCUGAGAAACUUUGACCAGCCAUAUCAUCUUCUCACUGAAUAUUACACUUUACAUGUACAGAAAUGGUUACAGGCAAUGAUAUAUAUGCAGUCUCUUACAAUCUACAGCAACAGCUUCCUCAUGAGCCACUCUUAACAGAUCCGUAAUUUUGAAAGUUUCCUCAGCCCUAAACAUUUGAAUAAAGUGAAGUAGCGAUACAAAUCUAUUUGGUAGUGAAACAGUAUUUAUCAAGCUUGAAGAACAUGAGGCUUCUCUUUCACACCCUUUACGGCCAUUAAUUAAUCUUAAACUCUGCACAAAUUAAAAAGAAUAAUAAUGUUGAAGGUUCCAUUCUCCUCACACAAACAGGUCAGCCUCUAUAUUUACACCUUUGUCUGUAAGAAUUUAUAACAUCAGGUCAUGGCCUUUGUUUACACCUACACUGUUUACCUGUCGGAUGGUGAAGAGGGCGGGAAACUAGCGUGAUUACAGGAGCACUUGGUGGGACAGGCAUCUAGAAUCUGUGAUCUUUUUUAUACUUUAUUGUAGCGAGUCAAGGUGUGGCAAGAUGACAGUACUUUCUCUACAGUCUUCACAAAUAUAGUAAACAAACUGAUUAUUUAAAGACUUGUGAUAUUAUUUUGUUUAAAGAAUUACAAAUUGUAGGGUAUUGAUAUGGUCAAAUUGUUAGUGACCAUUUCCUGUCCAUUCUAUAAAAAAUCAAUGAGGUAGAUUUCAAAAUAAAUUGUCUUUAGACCAGAAAAUUUAAUCAUAAUGUAUUUUUAUAUAAUCCAAACCACGAUAUACUGUAAUAGUGAGUUAUUGCUAAUUUAUUUCACACAAAACUACUGAACCCUACAGUGUCAAUUCAGGUUACGUCUACCAAUUUUUUUUUUAUUGGAGUUUGUUAUUUUUAACCCAGGAAAUAUAACUCGGCAAUCCUGUAUUCUUCCCUUGUAUUAGAAUGUGAUGAGAUUGAUUUUCAAGACUUAAGAGGGAUGGAGAAUUUAUGGUUGGUUAGGUUUGAAGAACAGAGAAGACGGCGAGUUACUUAAUGUUUUGGGUCUAUAGAACAAAGAAAAUAAUGGAAAAGUAUAGCCAAUCAGUCAUGGUAUUGCCCAGUCUUAACUUAGUCAGUGUCUGGAAGAGUUUUGUUUGAUGUAGGUUUGUGUUGGUCACUAUAGUAAAUGAUAUGCCUUGUGCCCAGUGAUAUGUUGAUGCUGCUACCAGUGGGACGUGAAAAGUAUCCCAUGCGCUUGAAAACAGAAAAAAAAACAGGUGAAUGACAGUGACAGAUCAAAAGAAGAAGAGAAAGACACUGUGUGAUCAAUUUCCUUACAGGUCUGGAGGGGGUAAAGCUCUCUCGACUGUGUUGGGUGCUGACAAUUUUCCAGUGAUAUUCUUCUUCCUAUUUUGUCACCAUAAACCAAAAUGCCACUUCCGACUCGCUGCCCCCAAACUCACGGCUGUUCAGAAAAUUUAUCAUCUCACUUUAUACGUGUUUACUUCUCUAACUUCUGAAGUAAAAUAGUGUAAUGAUAAAGAACUCUGUAUUACUGUAGGAUACUCGUUAACUGAGUGGAAUGUAUAAAUUAGAUAAAUUAAUAGCUUUUAAUCACUUCCUUAAUCUCGUUUUCAGUAACAAUCGUGAGUUUGGUCAUUGACACUAUUGCCAUAAUGUGUGCCUAUUCGUUUUAUAUACAAUCAUAAUGUAUUGAAUUUGUAUAUUGUUAUUAUCCCUUUAUGUAAGUUUUUUUAUGAGAUAUUUUAUAAUUUAUUUACUGACACAAGAUUUUAUUUCUUGUGUAGAAUAAAAAAUUACCAAUC